AUGAGACCCUUUCUUGACUGGUUAACUGAUCAAGACUCUCAGAUUCUAUUGUCUGUUCUUUUUGUGUUGCAGGUUGUGUUCACGGCGUACCAAGUUCGAACAUCCGCGUUGCAAACAAAGCUCUCGACUGCCGCGGCAGCACUUAAUAUGGUUACGACUCUCGCAGCAAUCAUUCUAUCAUUUCUCGAGGAUCAAAGAUCCAUCAAGCCAUCGGACAUUCUGAUCUUAUAUUUUUCAGCCUUGGCCGCUCUCUACAUACCUCGGUUACGCACGCUAUGGUUGAUUCCGUCCAUCCUGAUCCCUCGAAUCCUGUUCACCGUCAUGUACAUUCUCAUCGUCCUCGCCGUUAUCCUGGAAUCUGCACAGAAAACCCAGAUGAUCAGACCCACUCACAAGAAUCUGUCCGUGGAGCAGCUGCAUGGGUUCUGGGGGCGCAACCUCUUCACCUGGACUCUUCCCAUGUUCCGGAACGCUUACAGUCACGUCAUCUCAGUGGAUGAUCUGCCCGACAUCGACCCCACAUUGCUGGGGGAAAUGGCGCAAGAGCGCCUGAAUCGCACCUGGAAAAGCUCUCGCGGCAAAUACAGACUGAUCAAAGCAACCUUUCGAGCUUAUUAUGCGCAUAUUUUAUGGGCCAUAAUCCCUCGAAUCAUGCUGGCUGGAUUCACCUUCUGUCAGCCGUUUCUGCUUGCGACAACCAUCGACUACAUCACUCGACCUACUGCUGCGGAGAACAACAAACAUGGACAAGCACUCGUGGGCGCGUACGCGAUCGUAUAUUCCGGCUUAGCUGUCUCCUCGGCUAUUUACUACCGCCAGGCCAGUCGACUGGCGACCGUCGUACGGUCGGGUCUGAUCGCUAUGAUACACGAGCAGACUCUCAUUCGGAAGACUACACACCUCAAGCCGGGGGAAGCGGUGACACUGAUGGGAACGGACACGGAACGAAUUGUAACGAGUAUGAGGACUUUGCAUGAGAUAUGGGCCUCCCUCGCCUCGGUCGCCGUGGCCAUUUGGCUGCUGGAAAUCCAGGUUCAUAUAGCAUGCAUCAUGCCUGCCAUCAUUGCGGUGGGGUGUAUUCUUGCAACCACCCCCCUUUCUGCCAAAUGUGCCGAGGCACAGAAAAGCUGGGUGGGACAUGUCCAAGAGAGGCUAGCUGUCACAACGUCUAUGCUGCGGCAUAUGAAAGCUGUAAAAAUGCUAGGCCUCGAGCAUGUCCUAUGUGCGAUCAUCACCGACCAUCGGAAGGUCGAGCUAAAUGUCUCCAAAAGGUUUCGAAAGCUAAUUGUGGGGGUGGUCAUGCUGUCAACUAUCCCCCAAGAUGUUACGCCAUAUGCAGUGUUCCUAGUCUACACAAUCAUUGCAGUAGCCAAGCACGAUAUGCAACUCCUUACGACACAGGCAUUUACCACUUUGUCUGUGAUUUCGGUCCUCACCACGCCCUUAAUGGGAUUCAUUCAGUCACUCCCCCAAAUUAGCCAGUCGAUAGGCUGCUUUGACCGGAUUCAGACAUUUUGUUCAAGGGACGGGGCAAGUGGUCUGCCUCAUCUCUUGACCAACACAUCUAAACAAUCGACAAACAAUCCUAUCGAGUUGACACAACUAUCCUCUGCUGUCAAACAAGCCGAGCCAUCGGUAAUGCACAAUUCCUUGGUGGAUCUCCAAAAAGCGUCCAUUUCCUGGACUUCCGACAGCCCUAUUGUGAUCCACGAUCUAACACUGUCAAUCCCCACGAGCAAAUUCAUUAUCAUCAUGGGCCCGGUCGGAGGCGGCAAAUCGGCUCUAUUAGAGACGAUCAUGGGCCAGACUCACGUCAGAAAUGGCGCAAUGCAGCCAACUUGCUCAGCGAUAGCCUACUGUCCUCAGACCCCAUGGAUUAUGAACAGUUCUAUUCAAGACAAUAUCACCGGUGGAACACUUAUGGAUCAGAAAUGGUAUGAUCUGACAAUCUCGGCUUGUGCUCUUACGGAUGACUUGGAGAAGCUUCCUGGGGGAAGUAUGUACAUGGCCGGUAGUGAUGUAUAUUCACGACUGCCGAACCUGGUUCUCGACGACCCCUUCAGUGGGCUUGACUCUCGUACUACUCGCAUUAUCGGUGAGAGCCUGCUUGGUCGUAAUGGUCUCUUUCGUAGGACAAAUGCAACAUUGGUUCUCUCAACACAUAACCGUCAGCAUACCACCUUAUCCUACGUCUGCCGAUACGUGCUACCUUAUGCGGAUGAAGUGAUUCUCCUGGAGCAUGGUCGGAAGGUCCUUCAAUGCACUUAUUCAAAGUUGAUUGACAAUUAUCCGCAGUAUACCCAGCCUGACCAAGAUGAUAACGAUGAGAUCGUACCAGACAACGACGAACCGCAGGGUAAUGCUGACAAGAAGACAAAACACACUUCACUGCGAGAAACCCUAGAUAGUGUCGAAUCCAUGAAUGAGAAAGAAGAUCUCACCCGACGAGAUGGGAGCUGGGCGAUAUACAGCUACUAUUUCCGCAAAGCAGGGUUUUUUCAAGUGAUCUUCUUCGCCGCUUGUUUGCUUGCCUACGGAUUCGUCACCCAGUUCUCUACAAUCUGGCUGCAAUGGUGGUCCGAUGCAGAGAAGCGUCAUGCAGGUUCUGAUCUCGGCAAAUACCUUGGUGUAUAUACAGUUAUUUCCCUGGCGUCAGUUUUCUCGCUGGGGGCUGGAUGUUGGUUGCUUAUCGUCGAAAUUGUGGGCAAUACUUCCCUCGGUCUCCAUUCGGACUUGUUGCAAGCCGUAUCGAGUGCUCCCUUCAGAUAUAUCCAGCAAGCAGAUACAGGUUCAUUAUUGAACCGAUUUAGCCAGGACAUGGAGCUUAUAGAUUUCUCGCUGCCAAUCGUCGCGUUGAACUUCGUGGAAGGCAAGAGUUCUAUACUUCAGGAAAGAUCAUUAUAUACUGACACCAGCCAACUAGCCCUCAGCCUCUGCAUUGUAGGUCUUGUGAUUCUCUGCAUCAUCGGCAGAUAUAUCACCAUCGGGCUCCCGUUCAUGCUACUGGCUUUUUGGACCCUUCAGCGUGCAUACCUUCGCACCUCACGCCAAGUGCGCCUCCUCGACAUUGAAGCCAAAGCGCCGCUGUAUUCCCACUUUCAGGAAACUGUCCGCGGCCUGAGCGUACUUCAAAGCCUGCAUUGGCAGCCGCACUUCCACCGGCAGUGUAUCUCCAAGCUCAAUGUGACGCAAAAGCCCUUCUAUAUGCUGUACUGCAUCCGGCAAGGGUUGAAACUAGCCUUGGAUCUGGUGGUGAUGCUUUUUGUGGUCGCUCUUGUGGCGAUUGUCACCUCCCUCAAGGACAGAUUCAGUGCAGGCAGCAUCGGGGUGGCGCUGAACCUUAUCAUCUCGUUCAGUUCGACCUUGAACACCGCAAUUGAGUCGUGGACGCAGAUGGAGAUCUCCCUUGGGGCGGUAGCGAGGGUGCAGAACUUCGUGGAAGAGGUUACAGUCGAAGAGGAGCCGGGGUUGAUAGAGGAGGGUUGGCUGAGAAAGGCGGAGAUCACAUUUCAGAAUGUCAUUGCGGGACAUAGCCCUGAUGACCGUCCCAUCCUUGACGGCGUCUCCAUGCACAUCAAUCCCGGUCAGAAAGUGGCCGUCUGCGGACCGUCCGGCAGUGGCAAAACCUCUCUCAUUAUGGCUCUACUUCGGAUGAUGGAGCUCCACCACGGCCACAUCACCAUCGAUGGGACCGAUCUGUCGACCAUCCUGCCCACGGCUCUGCGUGCACAGAUCACAGUGAUCCCACAGGAUCCGUUCUUCGUGCCUGGCUCGACGCUUCGCUUUAACUUUGACCCCACCGGCACCACCGUGACUGAUGAUUUGAUUAUCUCCGCCCUCCAGAAAGUGGGGUUAUGGGACUUUACCUCUGCCAAGGGAGGUCUGGAUGCUGUCAUCGACUCUCUUGAUUUAUCGCAUGGUUCGAAGCAACUGUUAGCUCUGGCCCGGGCCUUGACCGCCAAAAGUCCGCUGGUUAUUUUAGACGAGGCGACGAGCAGUGUAGAUUGGGAGACAGAAGCUCGCAUGCUCGAGAUCAUUGAAGAAGAGUGCUCGACGCAGACGGUCAUCGCCGUGGUUCAUCGGCUGCGGUACAUUGAGUGGUUUGAUCGGGUUGCGUUCCUUCAGCAUGGGCGGUUGGUCGAGUUCGAUGCCCCUGAUACGUUGCUGGCGCGGGAGUCACAUUUUAGGGAGUUAUAUUUGGCCAUGCAAGGGAAGAUGACGGAAAGAAUGGGUAAUUGGUAUCUAAACUCUUGCUUUUCUCUUAUUCCUGACGAUUGCUGA